AUAAUUCACCUGAUACUGUCACCGAUAUUAAAUUGUUGAUCCCCACCACCUCCAUACCAAUAUCUCCCAUUUAUUUCCUACACUACCUCUCUGAAUUUCCUAUCUCCCAUUUAUUUCCUAUCCUACACCUCUGAAUUUCCUAUAUCCUAUAACUUCGCUGUGAGAAUUUUGAGUGUGAUUUCCCUACUUCUUGCCUUGUCAUUUGUCACUUCUCUGUACCUGUGUAAGUUUGUGUUGAUGCUGUAUUUUGUUUGGUAAUUGUCAAAGUCCUUUCUCAGCCUUUUCGCUGUUACACGUGUUGGUCAUCGUUGCAAAAGGAAGGAGGUUCAUUUUGCUUCCAGAACGAAUCUCUCAAGUUCUCUCUCAGAACCACGAAACAUCCUCAUCCGUUCGACAGCAUCUCCCCAUGCAGGCUCCUCCCUCCUCCUCCGUUCGACAGCCUCUCCUCCGCUCCUUCUCGUGGGUAUUUUUUUCAUCUCUAUUUUUCCUCAGAACUCUUGAGAAACUACUAACGAGAACGUCCUCUCACCGAAAAACAGCGAAUCUGGUGUACAUUCGAGGAAAAUCUUAAUCCCAGAAAAUCUAAUCUUUGGGUACUCUUUCCAGAUUUAUAAUUUUGGCUUUUUAUUUUUCUAAUUUUUUAGGAUUUUCCACCAUCAGCCUUUUUCUCUCCUAAUCUUAGGGGGGAAAAAAAGUAUGUCAUUUUUUUGAUUGUGUGGUUUGGAGGGUUGUUUUCUGAUGGUUGAAAUAUGUUCCAGGAAUCAGCUUUGGAACAAGCAAUGAGCCUUCCAAGUGCAUGGAUUUGUGGCAAAUUUAUGUAAACUUUGAUGAUUGGAUGCACUUGUUUUUUCCCUUAUAUAAGUGCACUGGUGGUGAUAUUUUGAAUGCGGGAAAGUGGAGAUGAUCUUCGGAUAAAAAGAAAAACUUGCCCAGGGGACCUUUAUAUCUGCAAAUGGUUGUUGGGUUGGAAGGUCUGCUCUCAAAGAAGAACAAAUCAAGAAUAGAGUGAAACUCUGCUUCCUAUUGAUCUUCUAUCGUUUUACUUGUUCAUUCAGUUACUGUUUGCAGUACCCAAUUUACAGCAACUGUUUUUUCCAAUGGCAUUGACUUGGAGCACCCAAAGAGCCUCUUCAUCUUUUCUUUCAAAUGAUUUAGCUCCUGGAUGGAAGUAUGGUGUGUUUUUGAGUUUCACGGGUGUUGACACCCGCAGGGGUUUUGUAUCCCAUUUAUACCAUGAAUUGUGCAAGUGCCAAGGAAUUACGACUUUCUAUGACGAUCGAGAGCUUGAAAGAGGAACAAGUAUUUCUCCAGAGCUCCUAAGUGCAAUCAAAGCAUCGCAUACAGCAAUCGUUGUUCUCUCUCCAAAAUAUGCUCAUUCCAAAUGGUGCUUGGACGAACUCACAAACAUUGUUCAAUGUAUGGAAGCGAGGAAAGCAAUUCUGCCGGUCUUUUAUGAGACAAAUCCAUCUGACGUAGGCAAUCAGAGGGCGUCUUUUGCCGAAGCCUUCACUGAGCAUGAAGAAAAGUUCAUUAGCACCGAAGACAAAAAGAAGGUGACCCAGUGGAGAUCUGAUUUGAAAAAAGUAUCCAAAAUUUCUGGCUGGCAUUUGAAGAAUUUUAAGUGUGAAAGAGAGCUGAUUGAUGACAUCGUCAAAUGCGUGUGGAGGAAAGUGCAAGCUACAUGCACGCUAUUAGAUUCCUCACAGAAGUUAGUCGGAACUAAUUCUGCACUCGAGCAACUAAGUUUGCUGUUAGCUCAUGACGCAAAUGAUGUUCGAUUUAUUGGGAUAACUGGGAUGGGUGGCGUAGGCAAGACUACUCUUGCUAAGCUAGUUUAUGAUAAAAUCGUCCAUCAUUUUGAAGUUAACUGCUUUCUUGAAAACGUUAGAGAGGUUUCUGUAACAGAGCCUACUCUAGUUCGUCUUCAAAAACAACUUCUUUGCCCAAUCUUGAAAGAAAAUAUUGAAGACGUUAGAGACCAACAACGGGGAAUCUAUUACACGAAGAAUUGCUUAUGCAACAAAAAGGUUCUUCUUGUACUUGAUGACGUGGAUCAAGUAAACCAGCUACAAGUACUAGCUGGAAAGAAAGAUUGGUUUGGCAUGGGAAGUAGAAUUAUCAUUACAACAAGAAAUCAACGUCUGCUGGUCGAGCAUGACAUAACAUUGUGUCAUAAUGUCGAGGUGUUAAAAGAUGCCGAAGCACUUGAGCUGUUUAGCCUGCACGCCUUUAGAAAAGACCAACCUGAGGAAGAUUUUUUGGAACUGUCUAAGUAUUUCAUUAAUCGUGCUGGAGGCCUUCCAUUGGUUCUUAAAACCUUGGGGUCUUCUUUGUAUGCGAGAGGUCAAGGUGCAUGGAAUAGUGUACGAGAUAAUCUAAGGAAAAUUCCUAUUCCAACAGUUUUUGAUUCACUCAAAGUUAGUUAUGAUGGACUAGAAAAGAUGGAGAAGAGAAUUUUUCUCGAUGUUGCGUGUCUCCACAAAGGGAAGCCCACGACGGAAGUAUUGCGGAUGCUAGACAAUUCAUUUGGAAUUUCUAGUAGUAGUAUGAUAGAUGUACUAAUUGAGAGAUUUCUCGUAUACAAUUUCGAAAACAUGAUAGGGAUGCAUGAUUUGAUGCAAGAAAUGGCGUGGACAAUUGUUCAUGAAGAGUCUGAAGAGCUUGGUCUACGCAGCAGGUUGUGGCUUUAUGAUGACAUUUUUUAUAUACUCACGACCAAUACGGGUUCGAGAGCAAUUAAAGCUAUAUCCUUACGCCCGGCCAAAGUAGAAGAGGUGCCCCAAUGGAAUUGCGAAGCCUUCUCUAAGAUGCAUGGACUGAGGUUUUUGGAAUUCAAUAAUUUGAUAUUUUCUUCGGGUCCGAAAUUUCUUCCAUGUUCCUUGAGAAUUAUAAAUUGGGGUUGGUAUCCUUCCAAGUUUCUUCCAACCAGCUUUCGCCCGUACUUGCUUACUGAACUUAACAUGCCUAAUAGCAAUCUUCUUCGGCUUUCGGAGGGAAAAAUGGACUUGCCCAAGUUGAAAUAUCUCAAUCUUGCCUCCUCCAAGAAAUUGAUUAAUACCCCAGAUUUCAGUGGUUUUCCAAAUCUUGAGAUGUUGGAUCUUUGGGAUUGUAAGAAUUUAGUUGAAAUUCACCCGUCUGUUGCAUUCCUCAAAAGACUUGAAAUUCUGAACCUUAGAGGAUGUGAAAGCAUUAAGAGCCUCCCAAGUGAGUUUGAAAUGGAUUCUCUUAAAUCUUUAUCGCUUGGUGGCUGCUCAAAUGUGAAAAAGAUUCCAGAAUUUGGGGAGCAAAUGAAGAAUGUGUCCACGAUUGACUUGGAUGGGACUGCGAUUGAGAAAAUACCUUCAUCAAUUGGACAUCUGGUUGGCCUUAAUAGUUUGAGUCUAAGUCAGUGCAAAAAUCUCUUAAACCUUCCAAGGGCUAUUUGUAAUUUGAUGUCUCUUACAUAUCUCAAUGUGAUGGGAUGCUCAAAACUCGACAAAUUCCCAGGAGACAUGGAUCACUUAAAGGAUCUUAAAUGUGGAGGCACAAUGACAGAGCCGCUUGUGGGUAUGAAAAAUCUUAAAGAUCUAUUUUUUAAAUGUGAACUAGAUGCUAAACCAAGGGAAGGGUGGGGCCUUCUCCGCUUAUUAGGACUUGGAAAGAGUCGUCCUGAUCCUCCUUGUUGGGGUUUGGUGCUGUCUUCUCUAAAUCGUUUUUGCUCUAUGAGACAGUUAUAUCUAGAAGAUUGUGAACUCUGUGAAGGAGAUAUCCCAGAUGAUAUUGGCUGCUUGUCCUUUUUGGAAAGGUUGUAUCUCGGCGGAAAUAAUUUCGUCAAUCUACCUGAAAGCAUUAGACGCCUUUCUAAGCUCCAGUAUCUUGGUUUGAAGGGGUGCAAAAGCCUUCAAGAAUUGCCACCUCUUCCAUCAAAUGUGUAUGUAUAUCUAGAUAAUUGUACAUCCUUAAAAAGAUUGACAGAUGCAUCCAAGUUGAGCAGCAGAUUCACCAAUUUGUAUGACUUUGACUUCACUUGCACGAAUUGCAUUGCAUUGGUUCAAGAUGAAGGCUGGAUUAAUACAAUACUCUCAAGGAUUCCAAGAUUUGUCGCUCAAUAUGAGGUAUCGUCUCCAUAUCCCGCCAAUAAGUACCUUGUAUUGCCUGGAAGUGAAAUUCCAAAGUGGUUCAGUAAUCAGAGUGUGGGAAAUUCAGUAAAUGUGAAGCGUCCACCACCAUCAUGUACCGACUGGCUGGGGAUUGCCUUUUGUCUUGUUUUUCAAUAUCCUAACCAAAACUUGGCCAAUCGACCUGCUUCUUCUAUUUGUCAUGUCGUUGAGCUUUUAAAUAACGAAUUGCAUCGUUACAUAGGGUCACUUCUGUCGGAACAUCUUUGUUUAUUUUAUCUGCCUCGUAAAUAUUGUCACGAGGAACAAUUUUUAUUCAGAACUUACAGUUCAGAUGAGAGAGUGCCAGAAAUACAAUACGCAGAAGACUUCAAUUGUGUGAAGAAGUGUGGGGCUCGUUUGGUGUACAAGCAAGAUUUGGAAGAACUAAACCAAACAUUGACAAUCCUGAAACGAACACUUGAAUAUAGUGACGAGGAAGCUUCAAGUGGACCUGUAAGUGCUAGCUUCAACGACACAGAACAAAUCCACAAAAGACAUUGUUACUAGUCACCAUCUUAUAAUAAAUGCAGUCCCCUGUAAAGUCAGUUGCAUCAUAAACUUGGGAAGAAUUGGCAAAGCUGGAGUUGAAGCAGGACAAAUACUAUCCGAGCACCGUGGGGUCGGCCUCCAUGUUUCUUCCUGGUACAAGAAUGAACCACGAGGUUCAUUUUCUGAAGACACCGGGGAGUUGAAUUUAUUUUUGAACUAAUGGAAAAACACUCUUGUCUUGAUCUGCAGUCAUCUAUUGUUGUACAAAUAACAAAAUUUGAAAGGAGUAUUUGGAUGAAACACGAAACUUAAUUCAAUCUUUCGAACAUCAUUUGAAUUAUUAAGUCCAUCAGCUUAUAACAAAAUGCUUGAGACCAUGUCAAUCAUGAUAAAACAGACAAGGACACUCAGCAUUUCAUUACUAUAA